GAAAGAGAGAGAGAUCGAUAUAACAAUAUUUAGUAAAGAGAAAAUAAUAUUUAAUUAAUCAAUUUAGUGACCAUGUAAGUUUAAUGUGUAUAUAUAUAUAUAUGUAUAAGUUUGAGUAGGAGAAGAUAAAUGAGGUGAACGACGCACCAAGAACACGAUAUUGUUAACUGUCUGUGAGAGAGUUAUGGCUCCAGUUGGAUUACCUCCAGGCUUUAGGUUCCAUCCAACCGACGAAGAACUCGUAAACUAUUAUUUGAAAAGAAAGAUCAACGGUCAAGAAAUCGAGCUUGAUAUAAUCCCCGAGGUUGAUCUCUACAAAUGCGAGCCAUGGGACCUCGCAGAGAAGUCGUUUCUACCGAGUAGAGAUCCGGAAUGGUAUUUUUUUGGGCCACGUGACCGGAAGUAUCCAAACGGGUUUAGGACGAACCGAGCAACGAGAGGGGGAUACUGGAAAUCAACCGGGAAAGAUAGAAGAGUGACGAGUCAAAGCAGAGCCAUUGGGAUGAAGAAGACUUUGGUUUAUUAUAGAGGAAGAGCUCCUCAAGGGAUCCGUACUGAUUGGGUUAUGCAUGAGUAUCGUCUCGAUGAUAAGGAUUGUGACGAUCCCUCUUCGCUCCAGGACUCGUAUGCAUUAUGUCGGGUGUUCAAGAAGAACGGAAUAUGUUCAGAGUUGGAAUCAGAACAGCAAUUACAAAUGGGACAAUGUAGCUUCACGACGGCGUCAAUGGAGAUCAAUUCCAAUAAUAACACUAAUUACAAUAACAACGAAUACGAGACAAUGUCGCCGGAAGUGGGAGUUUCAUCAUCUGCCUGCGUUGAAGAAGUAGUCGACGAUAAAGACGAUUCGUGGAUGCAAUUUAUCACAGAUGACGCAUGGGACACGUCAUCUAACGCCGCAGCUAUGGGACAUGGUCAAGGGGUUUAUUGA